GUUUUGUUGGGUUUCUUUUUUUUCCUACCAGGCUAUGGAUCGCUCGGUCUGAUGACGUCUGUCCUGCUUUGUCCGGAUGGCAAGACGAUGGAGUCUGAGGCAGCUCAUGGCACGGUGACUCGCCAUUAUAGAGAAUACCAAAAGGGUCGCCCUACCAGCACCAAUCCAGUGGCGAGCAUAUUUGCCUGGACUCGAGGUCUGCUGCAUCGCGCCAAGCUCGACGGGAAUGCUGAACUCGAAAAGUUCUGUCGCACUCUGGAGGAGGCGUGCGUUAAAACAAUUGAAUCCGGAAAGAUGACCAAAGAUCUUGCUAUCUGUGUUCACAAGACCACUUCGGUGAAUCCUGACCAAUAUCUGAAUACAAUGGAGUUUUUAGAAGCAGUCAGUCAGAAGUUCGAGUCCCUGAUGCAAGCAUCAUGA